AUGUCCAAACCAACCGUCCUCGUCACCGGCUCAGCCGGCCACCUCGGCAAAGCCCUGAUGCUCGCCCUGCCCGACCUCGGCUACAGCCCGAUCGGCAUCGACCUCAACGCCGGCCCAACGACCACGCACACGGGUUCCAUCACCGACACCGCCUUCCUCACCACCAUCUUCACCACCCACCAGCCCGCCCACGUCAUCCACGCCGCAACGCUGCACAAACCGCACAUCGACUCCCACACCAAAAACGACUUCAUCCAGACCAACAUCGCCGGCACCCUCGCCCUCCUCGAAGCCGCCACCACCACCCCCGCAGCAGGAGUAGGAGCAGGAGCAGGAGCAGGAGCAGGAGCAGGAUCAACCGUAAAAUCCUUCAUCUUCAUCUCCACCACCUCCACCUUCGGCGCCGCCCUCUCCCCAUCCCGCGGCUCCCCCGCAGCCUGGAUCACCGAAUCCGUCACGCCCCUCCCCAAGAACAUCUACGGCGCCACCAAGACCGCCGCUGAAGACAUCUGCCAGCUCAUCCACCGGCAAACCAACCUCCCCAUUCUCAUCUUGCGGACAAGCCGCUUCUUCCCCGAAGAGGACGACGACGGUGCGCGGCGCGAAGCGGUCGCCGGCGGGGGGGACAACCUGAAGGUGCUGGAGCUGGCGUACCGGCGGGUGGAUAUCGCGGAUGUGGUGGGCGCGUGCGUGUGUGCGAUGAGGAAGGGGGCGGCCGCUGCCGCGGGGGAAGCAGGCGGGGUGGGGUGGGGGAAGUAUAUCGUUAGCGCGCCGACGCCGUUUGGGCGGGAUGAGGAGACGCUGAGGGGGUUGGAUGGGGAUGCGGAGGGGGUGUUUCGGCGGGUGGUGCCCGGGGUGGCGGAGGUUUUUGAGCGGAAGGGGUGGUCGUUUCUGGGGAGGGUGGAUCGGGUGUAUGAUUCGGGACGGGCGGUGCGGGAGUUGGGGUGGAGGCCGAAGUAUACGUUUGAGAAGGCGGUUGAGAGGGUGGCGAGGGGGGGGUGGUGGGGGAGUGAGCUGGCGUUGAAGGUGGGCAGGUUGGGAUAUCAUGCUGUUUCGACGGGGGUUUAUACCACACGGGAGGAGAAGGGUGUAUCGUCAUCUUCGUGA